AUGCAGCUCAGCUCUCUGACUCUCGCCUUGGCCGCUGGCCUUGCCGUCAACGUCCAGGGCGCCGCUAUCCUCGCACCCCGCAACGAGACCGCGCCAGUUCUUAUGUACAGCCGGGUGGUCGAGGCUGGAACCUUGGAGUACUGGGGCUCUACUUCUGAAUCAUCAGCCACGUUCGAUGGGGAUGCCGCCUGGGAGAACCAAGCAUCCUGGCCUCCGGUCGCUUCGCCGGCGGGAUCCGAAGCCAACGCUCAGUGUGGCAGUAACAACGUCUUUUGUUCCGACACAAACGGCGCCCCUACGGACUUGUGCAAGAGAUUGGUCAAUACCCUGCUCAACAACCGCGGUGUCAUCGUCCCCAGCAAUGUGAAUGGUAUCUCGCUGACCUCGGAUCGCUCCAUCUGCUGGAUUGGUUGGAGGGACACGAUUACCAACAUGCCACAGGGCAAUCUCAUUGACGCCGCUGCGACCACUAUUGGCAAGUGCGGAUCUGAUGAUGCCGUUUCGGGUUGGGCAGAAAACGUCAAUCUCAACAACGUUUGCAGCCGCCAGUGUCUUUCCGACCGCUUGGGCUGCUGGUAG